GCAAUGGACGUUCCACUGUUUGUUCCGUUAAUUUGUAAUUUCUGGCUCAAAAUUGUAUUUCACAGAACAUAUGUUUUGAGUGUCAGUAGAAGGUUUUAUCAUAAGUUCAAAUUAAUACUUUGAAAUAGAAAAAUUAUUGAAAAAUGAGCGUAGUAGCAGUCAAGAGCAAUGGACAGUGGCCCGAAGAAUUCUGUGCACACGUCUGAGCGAAGUGAUGUCGACCAUAGAGAAGUUUAGUCGACGUUCGUAGUACUGGAGCAAGUGUUUCCUCGAAAAUGGCGGACGGUGCACAUUCGAAUUUCCAAGGGACAGAAUGAACAUGCACCAGGUUUUCCGAAGGAAGGUGUUUUCUUGAGUGGGCGCGCUGAGGAAAGUGGUGGUCGAUGGGUGUGCCGGACUAUUGCGAUCGCGAGCGGUGAUCAGAGGCCGUGCAGUGCCGUGAGGUGCCGUGCAGUGCUGAGGAGACGAAACGAGACUCGAUGAGAUAGGUUUUGCCGCGCGCGAGUCUGUGUCGGGCGAAUCUGGCGGGGCCCCCCAUGCUUGUAAAUGGCUGACGAGUUGGAAAAUGAGGGAUAACAAUCGCUCCUGAUUCCACGGCCGAGACGCCAAGCAGGGUAGACAAUGUCGGAGCCUGAGGAGAGUCUGGCUGUGCCAGACAGUACAACUAAGGAACAACGCCUUGGUUUUUCUCACGGUGAAGAUGUUCUUCUCCAGCGUAAGGAUGGCAAAUAUUAUCUCGGCACAGUGGUUGAGGUUGAUUUAACAAGAGAAAGAUGUCUUGUCAAAUUUCUGGACAAUACAUCUUCUUGGUCGUCUGUUAAGGAACUGACUAAACUGGCCAUGCCAGAUUCGGAUGUAAUGUGUGUACUAUGUAAGAAGUCUCAGCCCAAGGCUGAGGAUGACAUUGUUGUAUGCGACAAGUGUGGUCGUGGCUAUCAUCAGCUGUGUCAUCAGCCUCAAAUAACGAAGGAGGAGACAGUUCCUGAGGCACACUGGAUAUGUAAGCGAUGCGUUGAAAGUCAACCAAGGAACCGUGAACCCGUUGAACCAAAGAAAUCCAUGGUGAAGGCAAACAUCAGGAAAGUAUGCAGCGGCAGGGAUCAGCCUCAACCGCCACCAGACGACACCACAAAGCUACCAUACGACCCGGACAUGUUAAGCUGGGAUGCUCAUCACAGAGUGAACGCCGAACAGAUUUACUGUUAUUGUGGACUAAAUGGAGAGUGGUACACGCAGAUGCUGCAGUGCGCUCGUUGCAAGCAAUGGUUUCACGAGAAAUGCGUUAGCUGUCUAACCUAUCCUCUAUACAGCGGCGAUAGAUUUUAUGUAUUUGUCUGCUCGAUGUGCAAUUAUGGAAAGGAAUUUGUGCGGCGACUGGAAUUGAAGUGGGUCGACCUGGUGCACCUGAUGUUGUACAAUCUGACCGUUUACAAUGCUAAAAAGUACUAUGACUUGGACACUGUAAUCGUGCCCUACGCUAACGACAAUUGGAAUACUUUACAACUGCCACCUCGGAUUCGAGACGUCAGUGCACAGAUACGCAGAGAAUCCAUACUCGCGAUAUUGACAAACAACAGAAAUAGAUUUAAGUGUGGUAGGGAAAUAAAGAAGCGUACUACGAUUUGGGGUCUCCGAGUCAGACUGCCGCCGCCCUGUCCCGUGGUCCAUCUGCCUACGAGCGGGAUCAUAGACGACUCUGUAUUACGCCGGUGUUGGGGUGCUAACAAAAGACUGCAAUACCUUCCUCCACCCAUUGGACCGGUAUGUUUACCAGAGAGUACAAAACAGUUGAAUGCACUGCAACAAAGUCCAGCUGAGAAUUUGGAAAUCCCUGUCAAUCCAUCAGAUGUUGUGAUGAGGGGCACGAUUUAUCAGAAUUCUGAGGCCGAACAGAGUUCCUGCCCGAGUCCUAGUCCACCUGGGCAAACGACUCAGUCGUUACGAGAAAGGUAUAGCGGGGGUGGUUUUGUCAAGAAGUCUGUGCCCUUUCCGAAGUUAAGCUUACAAAGAAGGCGUAGAUUGAUGGCACUAGGUAGUUCGCGAGAGAGGAUGCUGCGCAAACAUAAGAAAAGAGAGAAAGGCAACGCCGAAUCCGCGAUAAUCAAAUCGCAAGGCGUGAGAGAUGCAAGAUAUAAAAAGGCGAGAAAGCUUCUGAAAAAUGCUAUUGCCAAGGUAAGAGGCAAGGAUGACGCUGGGGGAUGCGAGGGGAAAAGGAGCGUAAAACCGAAGAGAAAGUCUCGUCGGGAAAGAGUGCCUGCGGACGGGAAUGGUGCAGUACUUGAGUCCAACUCACGGUACAUUUGUCUUUCACAGAGCAAAUGCAGGACUUCCGAUGCUUCGGAUCUGCCACCUACACCGCCAACUUCGGUGUCAGGUCCUCCGACACCGCCGGCCGCAACGUCCGCGAUUUCGGAACUAUCGGUGCCGAGCUCGGUAGACCUUCUACAUCCGCUCCCACCAUCCACUCCAGCCGACACAAGUGGCGACGAGACGAGUUCGAGGGGAACUUUAGAUUCGUUUAUACCACCACCCAAAGACUUUGAGGGCAAGAACAAUCCGUUCAGAAAUCUAAGCGACCUCCUGGGCUCUCCCUGCGUCCCUCCAGUGGCUGGUACUUCAAGUACGCCCCUAGCCUACCCGAAUCACUGCCCGAUCACUUUACCACUCCCCUUGACACCCGUGAUAUCUCAACCUCCCAUUGCGCGGCCGGCCAAGCGUCAACUCUCCGAGAAGGAUAUCAUCGUCGAUAGGAAUGGUCAGGUUAAACGCAGAAGGCAGCAUCGAAGAGGUCGGCCCUCUCAACAUCACCACCAACAUCCACAUCAGCACCAAUCGCAGUCACAGUCCCAAGCGCAAUCACAGGCACAAUCACAUUCGCAUCAGCAUCAGAAGCAAUUGCAUCAUCUUCAUCAUCAUCAUCAUCAUCAUCAUCAUCUUCACCAUCACAAUCAGAAUCAACAGCAACAGCAUGCACAAGCCUCGACCCAACAGCAGGGGCAAGUCCUGUCGCAGCAGUUUCAGCCGACGGCGAGUAAAACGGCGGCCAUUAUACCAGCCCGCAACAACGACGUGAAAAAUGAAUUUGUGAGAAAUCUUCGUAGUUCUUUCAAUAGUUCCUCGAGCAGCGCCAACAGUCAGAUUGGAAAUUGCGUGGACUAUGCAUUGAACGGCAGACGAUUGAGGCAACGGCAGAGCAGCGAGAAGCCACCCGUCCCAGAUCCGCAGCCUCCGAAGCGAGGCGGCGUACUUUCCUCUCCAAAAUGUUCGCCAAUCAAGCAGAAUGCUCCAGACAUAUCGAUGGACGACCUCAAAUCCUCGGUAAACAUCUACUUCGGUGCUGCAAACAGAAUAGCCGCUGGUGAGAAGUUCGUCGUCAGGGCCAAGAGAAUUGGACCGAAUAGUCAGGCUCAAUAUCUCAUCGAGUGGGAGGGUCCAAACACAUAACGGUAAACAAUUGCUCUUUGGGUUUCCCUUUGACUUUCGAUCAAGUGGAAUUUUGCGUUUUGGGCAUGUAUCGGACCAAACUGUUGAUCCGAUCGAACGAUCCUCAAGCAUUUGCGCUUUUCGUUCUUCUGUCUUUCAUCUGUCAUCCGUCAUCCGUCAUCCGUCAUCCGUCUUUCUUCCUUGCGUUCUCUGAUGAGCAUUCGACUAGCAAAUACAGUCGCGAGUCACUGAGCAUGUACACUGUGCCGUUCCACGAGAGUAGCGUCUCUCUUACAAGUAUAUUCCUCGUUAAUUGUGAACGUGCAUCUCGGCAGAACAAUCGGCACUCAGUUAUCUAAAGAAAUUUGAGAAUAAAUGUUCUAUAAAGCGCUCGCCUGCUGCUCCGGUCAAAUGCAUAAGGGCACUCAUCGCUGGCCGAUGAUUUUCUUUUUCUAAUAACAAGAGCAACAGUAGUUACCGUCUUGCCGAUCGUGUGCGGCCAUCCAUUCCCUCGUAAAGCUAACAACUUGACAUGUUAUUCGUAUUUAGUUUAAACCGUCCGAAUUUUCAACAUACUCGAUCAGCCAAUUAAACUUGACUGAUUUCUAGUCCAGCAUUUACAACUGAACGAGUUUCACCCAAAACACUAACUUUUUCAUACUGUCUUGAAGAAGUUUGUAGUAUUCUAAAAAGUUUGCGCCCUGCCGGCAGGAACAAAGCUUUAUGAGUCUGAGAAGAAAUUGCUCUAGCCUGUCGGCUCUUCUUUCGUAAUUUCAUUUGAAUCGGUAUCACUAAACAUUUCGUAACGCAUUCCCAGCAGCAAGGUCCCCUAAAGCCCACGAAUGCGCAAGCUGCCUUUUCUGUGCUAAGUAGUUUUUUUGCAACGGCGCAACGGCUCAAGGGCUCAAGGGCUUUAUUCGAAGACGACGGAGGAUAAAAUCCAGCAUCGCGUCAGUCGCAAAUUGCGAAGAGUCUUGCGUGCCGUCGAAAUGGCUCCUUCGCAGACGUGCGGGUUGUUGCGUCUUUUUAAUGAUCAAAAACUAAUAGAGCAAUAUGAUACUAGAACGAAAUAAUCUAGUUAUGUCCAGUCGUCUGUACUUAGCUUCCCAGGAGGGAGAGUGUCCCUUGGAAGAGAGAGGCCCUUUGAAAAGCGCCCAAACCUUGCAAGUCUCGAGUCGAGGCGAGGCUAAGGACGACGAUGAUCAGGAUAAUGAUUAUAAUAGUAAAAAUCAGAAGAAGGACGUCGAGCCGGAGGUCCUCGAUAAGCGUCUAACGUUUAUCCGGCCGAGCGUGUGUCUCCUCUGUACGCAUCCUCGCUUGGUGCGUAUUUACUUUAAUUUCUCUUUAAGGGACUCACGAGUGUGCGACGCGCUUAGAGAAAUUCACCUAAGAUAGGUCAAUUUAAGCGGUAUUUAUUGAAAUCUCCAAGUGCGCGACGGCGUUAAUGCGUUUUUUCGUGCGGUCGCGUUGCGCCGCGACGAGCCGACGAGCCGACGAGCCGACGCUGGGCUGUCCGAAGGUUUGCGGGCUUUCCGUCGCAUAAAACGUGUGCGGAUUCCGUUGCGACGAAAAGACGCGACUACCAAGGAAAAUCAUAAACGGCGCUCUAGCCUCUAGGCAAUAUUCUUUCUUCAUUAGGGAAAUCUAGGUAAUAUCGGACGGAGACAGGAAAUGGACACUGCCAAACUUCUAAUUUAUAUUUUAAAGAGAAUAUUAGCUAUUGCUUUGCUACUACGGUACUUAAACUUUAAAGGAAAUAAGUUUCUCAUAUCUUUGUUCCUUUUUUGUUUAGAGUUCAUUGGGGUAAAGUAGAAGAAAAAGAAACAAAGAAUUCGGGAGAUGUGGCUGAGUGUUUUUUGUUGUUGUAGGAAUUUGUUUGCGUAGGUCGAUUGCAUCUGACAAUGAAUGAGUGAUAUAUUCUCCCGGAAUUCUCUGAUAGUAACUCGAGAGUGUCGUGGUCAGCGGCGGCGACGAGGGCGACGCGAGUUAAAUAAUUGGCCGACACUAUAUGCGUCUAGUGUAUAGUGUAUAGUCUAGUAGGAUAUACUUAUAAGAUUUAGAAGAGCUAGCGAGGCUGGCCGUGCGAAUCAAUGCGAAUCAAUGCGAAUCAAUGCGAAUGCCCAACGACGACGCGGCGAGGGCUGAAAAAAUAUAACUGCCAGUAUCGUGUGUAAAUAUUCUUUUUUGUAAGGUAUAAAUAUAUAAAUAUGUCAGCAGAUACACUAAUAGGUAUACUAUCGCAAAGUGUCUUUCUAAUAAUGUCACGUAGGGAAUCGAAUGAAUCGAAUGAAUCGAAUGAAUCGAUAGCGACUAAGAAAGGAGUCUAAGAGAAUUCUCGGAGGAGUUGCUCGAAUACUUUCCGCGCGUAACAUCCUUAGAGAAAUACUCUGUACCUCUGGAUGGCGAUUCCUCGAACAAGUUCGCCGGGUCGCACCUCGACCUUCUGCGCACCAUUUGCGCUACAUUUGCGCACCACACUGCCCAAGCGCGUUUUGCUACCUGCUUGAAGAAGAACAUGAUUAAUCGAGGCCAACAUUCCAAAAUGACAUAGCUCGUGCUCACCCGACGCACACCUGAUUCCCUCGCGUCCAACGGUGCAAAAUGCAAAACACUCUACUCCCAGUCACCAGUGACUCCCUUCCGGACGAUUACUUAGCGUUAUUCCGAAUUGUCUCUUCUUCUUUUCUCCACCUUUGUUCCCUCUAUUCCCUCUAUUCCCUCUAUUGCCUCUGCUCCUACAUAUCGACGAUCUAUCACUACUCCAGACCUCAUGGGACACGACCACCCUUAUAAUGUAGCCGAGCAUUAUUCGAAUCGAAUCUUGCGACUCUGUACCCGGCGCCCCCAUAGUUGUAAUAAUCGUGAAUGAUUAGUAACCGCAACAGCAUAACGUGUAUCUUGUAAAUAAAUUAAAUAAUAAGAGUAACGAUGAAAAAUGUAAUAUUUGCCAUACGUCUUAAUUUUCAAUGUAUCGACGAUAUUUUUAUGCAUUUUUGGGGACAUACUACAUACUACAUACUGCGACUGUGUGUGUAGUUUGCUUCAGCCGAAACGAUCGAUUAAGAUUUAGUAUAGCUAAGCUAGAGAUCCGAGCGGGGCGUUGGGCCUGUCCGAUACAACACGUGACACGCAACGCGUGGCCUCCCCGAAUAUCACACAGAGAGAUACGAGCAACGAGGAGUUCAGCGCGAAUCUCCUUUUGCGAAAAACUAUAAUUGCGGUAAGAAAAAUUGUAAUUUCGACGUAAGAUUAGAUUGAAAGCAGAAAGCAGAAAGCAGAAGUGCACGCCGCGAAGCGAUUGCAGCUGUUCUUGGCAGGAAGGACUUCGGGCGACCGAACCGAAAAGAAGUCCUGACAACUUCCGAAAAAUUACUUCAUCUUCCUCGCUUCUGCUCGGCGAUUAUCUUUGUUUUACUCAGCUUGUGUAAAGAGACUGAUAUAUAAACCUUUCACUUCGUACGUA